UUUCAUAAUUGUUUUAUGGACUCAUUCAUUUUAAUUUUCUCUGAUUACAGGCUAACAUAUUGGCUGUCAAAUUCCAUUGUGUUGAGAACAAUAAUAAGCCAGGUUACCGGGGAACCAGAACUACUUCUGUCUCCAGGGUCUUCUAUUGACCGGAAUGGUGCUGGAAAAGUAAAAAAUAAUGUGUCAUCUCCAAUAAAAUGGAAGGCUCCCUCCUCUGGGAAGAAAGAAGGAAUGAAGCUCUUAAAUGGAAGUUUCGACUGUGAUAACCCACAUACAUUUAUGUCUACACUGGAGAAGAUUGAAUCGUGGAUCUUCUCCCGAAUAGUUGAAUCUAUCUGGUGGCAGACUUUGACCCCACAUAUGCAGUCUGUUGCUGCAAAGGAACUUAAUGAAGGUGUUGACUCUGGGUCAAGGAAAAACUAUAGAAGGACAUCUAGUUCAAUUGAUCAAGAACAAAGUAACUUUUCAUUAGACCUCUGGAAGAAGGCUUUCAGGGAUGCUUGUGAAAGACUUUGUCCAGUACGAGCUGGGGGACAUGAAUGCGGCUGCUUGCCUUUGUUGGGUAGAUUGGUAAUGGAGCAAUCUGUUGCUAGACUAGAUGUGGCAAUGUUCAAUGCUAUUCUUCGUGAAUCUUCUGAUGAGAUCCCCACCGAUCCUGUGUCUGACCCCAUCAGUGAUUUGAAGGUUCUCCCGAUUCCAGCUGGGAAAUCAAGUUUUGGAGCUGGCGCACAACUGAAGAGUGCGGUAAGCUAUACAAAUUGUAUCUCUCAAACUAUUUAUGAUAUAAGUUUUAUCUUUUUAUAUGUCAGAUCACAACUAUUAACUCAUGAUUACAGGUAACAGGUGUUUUUUAAGCUCGGUUUUGUGUCAA